CUCGGUCGUGAUUAAACGAGCCCUGAGAGAUCGACCUUGCGCUCUUCAGACGCCUCGCGAAGAGCAGAGUGCUCGCACCUAACGCAACUACUCGUCGUAGCUGCAGGGAGACUUGACAUCGUCCAAACGCCGAGAGGCAUUUGUCCAGACAAGCCAGCAGUGGGCCAGAUGGGUGAAGCCAACCACUGUCCUAGAGAACCCCUGGCAGGAGCAGGUGCGCUCUGGGAGGCCAUGAGGGCACUCCUGCCAAACACCAAAGAAGAACUGAAGCUGGACCUGAGUGAGAAAGUGGAGAGGAGUGUAGUGAUGUUACUGCAGGAAGCCACCGAGCUCUUCUACGAGGACAAAGGAGAUGAGUGUCUGCAGAGGAGUGAGGUGAUUCUGGACUACUCCUGGGAGAAACUCAACACAGGGACAUGGCGAGAUGUGGACAAAGACUGGCGACGGGUCUACGCCUUCGGCUGCCUUCUCAAAGCCCUGUGUCUCUGCAAGGCACCUGGGGAUGCUGCCACCAUGGCUACCGCCCUCAGGGUCUGUGACAUGGGCCUACUGAUGGGGGCGACCAUCCUUGGAGACAUCCUCCAUAAGGUGGCUGUCAUCCUCCAGACACACCUUUCCAGAAAAAGGCCUGCCCACAGCUUAACCCAGCAGCAGCCCAGCACAAAGAAAACAAAGAAUGAUCAUGGUUUGAUUCCAGACCUGACAUUAGAAAGAACAGUCCCCCGGCUUCACUGUCCAUCCCUCCAGCAUUUCAAGAAGCAUUUUUUGGUUCCACAGAGGCCUGUGAUCCUGGAAGGUGUGGCUGACCAUUGGCCCUGCAUGAAGAAGUGGAGCUUGGAGUAUAUCCAAGAGGUUGCUGGCUGCCGAACUGUCCCAGUGGAAGUUGGUUCCCGGUACACAGAUGAGGAAUGGUCCCAGACACUCAUGACCAUCAGCGAGUUCAUCAGCAAGUAUAUCGUGAACGAGCCAAAGGACGUCGGCUACCUUGCUCAGCAUCAGCUCUUUGACCAGAUCCCAGAAUUGAAGGAGGACAUCGGCAUCCCUGACUACUGCUGCCUGGGCAAUGGGGAAGAAGACGAGAUCACCAUUAAUGCCUGGUUUGGACCCCGAGGAACAGUCUCCCCACUCCAUCAGGAUCCCCAGCAAAACUUCCUCACCCAGGUGAUUGGGAGGAAGUACAUCCGGCUGUAUUCACCGCAGGAGUCAGAGGCUUUGUAUCCUCAUGACACACACCUUCUCCAUAACACGAGCCAGGUCGACGUGGAGAAUCCUGACAUAGAGAAGUUCCCCAAGUUUACCGACGCCCCAUUCCUGUCCUGCAUCCUAUCCCCUGGAGAGAUCCUGUUUAUCCCAGUUAAAUACUGGCAUUACGUACGGGCUCUGGAUUUGAGUUUCUCAGUCAGCUUUUGGUGGUCAUAGCUAGGAGAAGGGUUGAAAGGGAGUGAGAUGCAAACAGCCUUUGGAUUCAGUCGGUUCUUGCUCUGUGCCCCAUCUGGCACUGGGUCUUGGUGUCUAUGAGACAAGCACACUUGAAGUGCCCUGGAGAAGCCUUCCCUGCCCAGCAAGAGUGGGCUGCAGCACCCGGCUGGCACAGAGCGGGGAGAGCCCAGGAAGGGGCAUGCCUCAGGCCAGGCUGUGGACAGCCCCCAUGGAGGCUCACAUCAUCAGAAAGCUUAAGAAGCUUAGAAAACAGGCAGCUCAUGCAUGGUAAGGCGUGAGCCCUGAGGCUGGCCCGCACGGCUUACCUGCUGUGUGAUGUGGCCAAGAUGCCAGUGUCUCCAUCUGGAAGAGAGGGGUCAGGAGGUGGCACGUGAGCGGUGGCAGAGCCCUGCUGCUGCGGGAACUUCAGCUAUUGCUGCUCAACCUACUUACUUACUCAUAUAUACUUCCUUAUCAAGACUGGGCGCCACAGCCUGCAAACUCUGGAGAGAGGCAUGGCCCUGGCCACAGGGAGGGUCUUCAUUAGCAAAGGGUAACCUGCAUACAAAGGUCUCCAGCUUGAUUAAUUUUCCACCAUGCACAUACCCAGCAACAGGUUCCUGAGUGAAGAAACAACCAUCACCAGUGCCUAGAAGCCCCCUCCUAUCCCUUCCAGCUGCUUUCUCCCAGGAGUAACUACCCUCCAGAGGCUGCUUUUAAGCCAGGGAUAGGCCCAGGCUCUAGGCUUUCUGUAAGCUUCUUUGUGUACACACUGGUUUAUUUUAUCUGUUUUGGCUGUUAAGACUUUCCCCAACCCUGUGGAUAAAGACAGGCACAUCCCCAACUGCAGGCACCAGAGAAGUCCCCUCACCCACAGGGUGGGAGAACCACAAAUUGGUGGACCUUUUUACAGUAUUCUCUGGAUUUGGACAACAUUCAUGACACCCAGUGACCAUCAAGUAAAAAAUCAUUCAUUCUAAACCAACCACAAAAAAAGACACUUAAAAGCUAAUAAACCUAAAAAAAAUUAUGACUCACUAACACUCAAAGAUGAUGCAAAUUGAAACAAAGAUACCUACCAAAUUAAUCACAAUCUUUGCAACUCACACUCCAUGUUACUGUCCUCCUGGUAGGAGAUCAGCCUGGCAGAAGUUUAGUAAAAACCCAGAACUUUGAAUAUUCACGCACACCUCAAGGUCUAAUGACCCCACUGCUAGAAACACACCCAAAAGAAAUAGAAAGGCGGGUGAGAUGUAUGUGCAGGAUGACAUGGUGGCACUAUUUAUCAUCACAAGACAUGGGAGACAUCCUGAAUCGUGUUGGUAAAAAAUGGCCCAUCAGUGCAAAGGAAUAUCACUUAGCUAUGAACACUUGGAGUUCUUAAAGUCAUAAAGAAAUGCUGUGUCAUGUCGAGGGAAAUGUACUACAUUCUUUUUUUUUUUUUUUUUUAGGUAGCCAUAAAUAAAACUUUAUUCUUUAAUUUCAUUUACAAGCUACCAAAUAUGUAUCAUACAGUGAAAUGUACUACAUUCUUAAUUUUUAGACACAUUUAAAUACUACCUGUAUACCUGUGUGCCUGUACACAUGUGACCUUGCAUAUAUAUGUACAUGUGUAUGUGUCC